AUGAUCAAACUCUGAGAAUGAUAAUUUGUUUACCGAGCAAACCUGCAAAGAGGGUUUCUCCCACUCUUUCAUAUUCUCCACGCUUUCUCCGUCGUUCGUUCAUCGUAAUAUGUAUAUACCUUAGGACGCGAGUCGUAUGAAUUUCCAUGGCACGAUCGCGUCACGGCUUCGACCACUUCACACCUGUUAUUAUUAUAAAACUCUGUCGGAUGGUGUUUUCGAUAUGCGCGUGCGCAAUUGCGCUAUAACAUCGUCAAAACAUAUCACGAGUCACGCGCAAUUAAUCUUGAUUAUCAUUGAUUUUGUAUCGUUUCAUAUGAACUUGUUAGAAUUAAUUCUCAGUAUUAUAUUCCUUCUUCGAUUUUAUUAUGUAAUAUCAGAAAUUGUACUUCUCGAACACAUGAAUUAUGGAUGCUAAGAUUUUGACUUCAAACUUAACCUCACUCUUCAUAACAUGAAGAAUCAAAUUUCAUCUCGAUUCAACACAUGAUGAAAAGUAUGAAAAAUAUGUGAGAAUGACGGAGAUAUAGAGCGUUCAAUUUAUGAAGUGGUUAUGUUCGAGGUUUGAUUAGAUGUUUGUUUAGGCUGGGAAUUGCUCGGAUGUCGCCAAAACAAGUGCGUUCACCUACAUGGGUGCAGAAAUUUCGAAAAGGCAAUUGCUUUGAAUGUGCAACAUUUCUUACUAGCUUAUUACUAGGUCAAGGAUAUAAUGCAUUUGUAGUAAGUGGUUAUGCAUCUAGAGAACAAACACUCUGUGAUUUGACAAGACGAUCAUGCCCCUACAUACCACAACCGGAAAAGAAAUUUCAGGAAGAUACGAUACGUCCCGAGAUUACUAAAUACAAACUUAAUCUCAAUGUAGAAUAUAAAAAUCAAUUUUUAUCGGAAUCGGAAGAAGAAAAAGCGAGGAAAUUACAAGAAAAAUUAUUAUUAGCUGAAAAGGAGCAACAAAAUUUAAUUGAGGAAUUAGAGCAACUUCCAGUAGAUAAAUAUUGGGGACAUAGAAUCCAUGCUUGGGUAGCGAUAUUACCAGAAUUAGGUGGACUGAGAGAUCAAGAAAUUCCUUGUCCAUUAUUUAUUGAGCCUACCACUGGUAUAUCUUACGAAGUUACAGAUGACGAUACAGCUCAAUUAUACCUCGGUGUAGAAAGUAUAUGGAACGAUCAAAAUUAUUGGGUAAAUAUGCAGGUAUCUGUACAAUCGUGCGUAAACAUAGAAUGGGAUUUAAUGAAAGUAGAAUUGUGGGAACAUUUGCUUCCCGGAGAACCAUGGACAACACAUACAGGAGAGAUUGAUGAAGAAUCUGCUAUGCGUCAAGAAAAACAUCUGGAUAUGCCAUUAUCAUACGUUAAUCAAAUAAAUAUUAGCGAAGAAGAAUUUGAGAAACGAUUCCCAAACGGUAUGAAAAUAGUAUUAUAUAAAAAAACAAAAGUUGAAUUUUACGCACCAUACAUUCAAACAGAUGGAUUGAUACAAAGAAUUACUACAUACGAUAAUGACAUGAAUCCUAUCGAUAUAUAUGAAAAUUAUAGAAAUAGAUCUGAUAAUCUCAUAGAAUCACGAAGAAAUAUGAUUGACGGUACCGUCAUAGAUUAUUAUACAAGAGGUCGAGUUGACCAGUGUAAAGAACAUCGAUAUUUUUUAUUGAAUAAUGUCAAUGUAGAUAGUGAACGAAUUUUAGAUUUUUAUUACGUUGCUCGUUUCGAUGGAUUAUCUAAAUUCGAAAUGCAUCCAACUUAUUUAACGCAACACUUUGUUGAUCGUGAUGAUUUUCUAUAUUAUCGGCAUGUAGAAUUUUUACAAGACAAAAAAGGUGAAACUCAAGAUAUUCAUUAUCGACACAUUUCGAAAAUUGUCGAAAAAUUUAAUAGAGAUGAACGAAUAAAAGCAUGUAAAAAUAUAGCAAUCCGUGAAUUUGCUAUUGAUGAUAACGAAAUACAUCUUACUUAUCAUUAUUAUCCAGGCAAUUUUACUAGAGCUUUGCGAACAUAUAUAAAACCACCAUUAGCAGAAAGGGGAGAACGAUUGGAUCUUAGUCCAGCAAUGACACAUGGAUAUAAUCCUCUAAAUGAACCUGAUAAGGCUUUAGAUUUAUUAUACGAACUAGACAGACAAUUAAAGGAGGAGGAUAUAUCUAUAUCUCAAGUUAGAGCGGCGGAAAAAGAAAUGUUUUCUUUUCUCGAGAUAAGAAAAAGUGAAUAUUUGACACCAAAACUGUUGAUAUCUAUAUAUGAUAAACUUAGAGAAUCGGAAUCUGUAUUAGAAGCAUUGAAGAAACAAAGUAUAAAAGAUAUCACGGAAGAAAUAAAUUAUUUGAAGCCAUAUUUAGCUCGUUUAGGAAAUCCAUCCGAGCUAUCAGAAGCUGAGGCAUACUUAAUACAAUAUGCAUGUAUUCGUGAUUACAAACAAUUAUUUAUACGUAGGGCGAAUAAAAUCUUACAUGAAUUUGAGAAAUAUUCACAGGAAUUGGUGAAAACGCAAGCAUUGAUAUUACAGGAAGAAGAUUUAACUCGCGAAGAAGAAGAAAAAAUAUUAGAAAAAAUAAAUGAAAUAAGUUUUUAUUUACAAACUUUAGAAAACAGAUUAAAUCGUCAUAGAGAUUUGGUUCCUAUAAAAUAUAAAAUGUUGAUAAAUAAUUUACAACAAAAUCCACAUCUUGCGAUAAUUAAAGAAAGUUUAAUGUAUUUUUGAAAAAAAACAGAUAUAUAGAUAAACAAUUUAUUUUAUUGAAAAGACCAAGAACCCAUUUGUCCAAUACAUCGACCUAAAAUAAUUUUAUAUUGUAAAAAUCUUAAAUUUUUAAGAAAUUUUUGUAUGUUAUUUACCUUCAUCAUCAAAAGUGGCUAAUGUAAAUUUACUAAGUUUAUUAGUAAAACUUCCAGUAUUAGAACCAAUCAUAUGGUCUGUUAAACGAUCACUAUUCGUAAUAUCAUUAUUACUUCUAUGACGACGAUGUUCUUCAGCAAAGCCAGAAAUUAAUAUAUCCAUCAUUAUUGCCUUAUAAUAAAAUAAAUUUUAGUAAUUUAAAUUAUUAAAGUUAACUUUUUUAGGAAUAAGUCAUACUUGUCUUGAGAAUACUUGUAGAAUUUUAUAAACUUGUGUUCCAUUUUCUCGCACAGGAAACUGUAGAAAUAAACAUGGCAGACAAUCCGAAUUAUUUUCAUCUGAAGGUUUCGCCAUUUCCCAACUUAACUCUGAAUAUCUUAGACCCAAUAAUAAACUCUGUAAAAAUAUUAUUUGUAAUAUAUUAUAUGAAUGAUAAUUACUAUA